UAGCGACUUUGUCCUGCUCUAAACAGUUUGAGCAAUGGCCAGCGAAGUAGAGAAAGCGCAGUCUGCUGCGCCGGAGGAAGACACUAUCUUCGGCAAGAUAUCUCGUGGAGAGAUCCCCUGCAAGUUUGUUUACGAAGACGACACGGCGUUGGCCUUUGACGAUCUGGCCCCACAGGCACCGGUUCACUUCCUCGUCAUCCCACGCAAGCCCAUUGCCCAGCUCUCUAAGGCAACUGAUGAAGACGAAGCCCUCCUCGGCCAUCUGCUGACAGUGGCACGCAAGGUUGCGGUGCAGAAGGGACUCGACGCCGAUGGCUACCGCGUGUUGAUCAGCAACGGCAAGAACGGCAGGCAGAGCGUCUACCACCUGCAUCUGCACGUCCUCGGCGGGCGCCAGAUGAGCUGGCCACUGGGAUAAGACAUUCAGGGGCGG